UGUUCGCACAGCAGAGGCGCACAGAGGAGCGAGCGGAGUUGCGAGGGACGGCCGCCGCUGCUGCUGGCAGACCGUUCCCUUUUCUGUUGCGGAGUGCUCUCGUCUAGGUGGAUCCCGGCUGGCGAGCGCUGGCUUGCGCCUCCGCGGGUCCCAGGCUGUUAGGCUAAGCAUCGGGGGAGGGGGCGAUUAAGGCUCGGGAGAGCUUUCAGCUUGCACCCGGCGGAGAGCCUUCCUGCCCUUCUUGCCGCCGAUGCGCCGAGCAGCGGCUGGUCGAUGGCUUGUCGAGUCCUUGCCUGUCUUCCCUGAUCCAAAGGCGUUCGGCUCGGAGCAGCAGGCAUGCUGGAUUGUGGCGGGCGGCACUGGGCUCUUUUUGCUGCGGCGCUCAGGCUGUGGCUGCUCCUAACUUUAUGGACGCAGGUCUCCCAGUCCACGGGCUAUUUCGAGCUGCAGAUUAACUCGGUAAAGAAUGUAAACGGCGAAUUGUCGAAUGGGGAAUGUUGUGAUGGCACGAAACCCCCAACGAACGUGGACUGUACUCGGGAUGAGUGUGAUACUUACGUGAAAGUCUGUCUGAAGGAAUACCAGGCUAAAAUCACGCCUAUUGGGACAUGCAGCUACGGCUCCGGAUCUACUCCUGUUCUUGGGGGAAAUACUUUUUAUCUGAACAGCCGAAAUUUUCAUCAGGGUAAAAACCACGACAUGGGGAGGAUUGUUAUACCUUUUCAGUUUGCUUGGCCGAGGUCAUUCACAUUAAUAAUAGAAGCCUGGGACUGGGAUAAUGAAACAAAAGCUGAUGACAAAUUAUUAAUUGACAGAGUAUCAUCUGCUGGUAUGAUCAACCCAGAAGAUAGAUGGACAACACUACAGUUGAAUGGCCAUGUUGCUCAUUUUGAAGCACAAAUAAGAGUGAAGUGUGAUGAAAACUAUUAUGGACCACAGUGCAAUAAAUUUUGUGGCCCGCGUGAUGACUUUGUGGGCCAUUACACAUGUGACCAAAAUGGAAAUAAGGCUUGUAUGGAAGGCUGGAUAGGUGAUGAAUGUAAACAAGCUGUAUGUAAGCAAGGAUGUAAUUUAAUCCGUGGAGGAUGCAGUGUACCUGGGGAGUGCAAGUGUAAUUAUGGUUGGGAUGGGCAAUUCUGCGAUGAAUGUGUCCGCUACCCAGGCUGUGCUCAUGGGAGUUGCAACAUCCCAUGGGAAUGCAAAUGUGAAACAAACUGGGGCGGCCUACUCUGCAACAAAGAUUUAAACUACUGUGGAAAUCAUCAUCCAUGUGUGAAUGGUGGAACCUGCAUGAAUACAGAACCAGAUGAAUAUAGCUGUGCUUGCCAAGAUGGUUACUCAGGAAAGAACUGUGAAAUUGCUGAGCAUGCUUGUGUUUCAAAUCCUUGUGCUAAUGGCGGAAUUUGCCAUGAAAUUUCAUCCGGGUUUAAAUGCCAGUGUCCUAAAGGAUGGAGUGGACCAACAUGUGCUAUUGAUAUUGAUGAAUGUGCAUCUAACCCUUGUGCUAGUGGUGGUACUUGUGUCGAUCGCAUUAAUGGGUUUGAAUGUAUAUGUCCACAGCAGUGGAUUGGGGCAACCUGCCAUCUUGAUGCUAAUGAGUGUGAAGGGAAACCCUGUCUUAAUGCUCAUUCUUGCAAAAAUCUUAUUGGUGGAUAUUAUUGUGACUGCAUUCCAGGAUGGAAAGGAGUAAAUUGUCAUAUCAAUGUUAAUUAUUGUCAUGAGCAGUGCCAAAAUGGAGGGACUUGCAAGGAUGACGUGAAUGGCUAUCAUUGCAUAUGCCCUCCUGCUUUCAUAGGCAAGAACUGUGAAAAAAAAGUUGAUGACUGCAUGAACAACCCAUGUCAGAAUGCAGGUCACUGUACUAACCUCAUCAAUGGAUUCCAUUGUCUUUGUCCUCAUGGCUUCUCAGGAGAAUUCUGUGAGAUUGAUAUAGAUCUCUGUAAGCCUAACCCUUGCCAAAAUGGAGCACAGUGUUAUGAUCUGGGAGAAGACUAUUAUUGUGCUUGCUCUGAUGAUUACGAUGGAAAGAACUGUUCUCACCUCAAGGAUCACUGUAAAAAUAACUCUUGUAAAGUAAUAGACAGCUGUACAAUAGAAGUCUUCACAAAUGCUACUCAGAAUGGCAUUCGUUUAAUCUCAUCCAGUGUAUGUGGACCUCAUGGACGCUGCAUCAGUCAACCAAGAGGAAAUUUUACUUGUGCCUGCGAAAAGGGCUUUACCGGAGCGUACUGUCAUGAAAAUAUUAAUGACUGUCUUGAGAAACCCUGCAAGAAUGGUGGAACCUGCAUAGAUGAAGUCAAUGAUUUCAGAUGCUUCUGUCGGAAUGGCUGGGAAGGAAAAUUGUGUGACAUUAAUUUUAAUGACUGCUCACCAAAUCCAUGUCACAAUGGGGGCCAGUGCAUUGAUUUAGAGAAUGACUUCUAUUGUGCAUGCAAAAAUGGCUGGAAGGGGAAAACAUGUCAUUCAAGUAAGUACCAGUGUGAUGCAAACACUUGUACAAAUGGAGGAACAUGUUACGAUGAUGGUGACACUUUUCGAUGCUCUUGUCCUCCAGAAUGGAAAGGAAGCACUUGCAAUAUUGCUAAAAACAGCAGCUGUAUUCCUAAUCCUUGUUUGAAUGGCGGAACUUGUGUUGGCAGUGGAGAUUCCUUUUCUUGCAUUUGUAAAGAAGGUUGGGAAGGACGCACAUGUACCCAGAAUAUUAAUGAUUGCAAUCCACACCCAUGUUACAAUGGAGGCAUCUGUGUUGAUGGUGUGAAUUGGUUUCGCUGUGAAUGUGCACCUGGGUUUGCUGGUCCUGACUGCAGAAUCAAUAUUGAUGAAUGCCAGUCCUCUCCUUGUGCAUAUGGUGCUACUUGCAUUGAUGAAAUAAAUGGUUACAGGUGUACUUGUCCUGCUGGACGAGCUGGAACAAGAUGCCAAGAAGUUAUAGGCUCUGGAAAAUCUUGCUGGUUUAAAGGAAAGUCCUUUCCUCACAGGAGUAGAUGGGAUGAAGAAUGCAACAGUUGCCAUUGUCUGGAUGGACACAUUGAUUGUACCAAGGUAUGGUGUGGAAGGAAAUCUUGUUUGCUUACCAAACAUGGGGACCGUUCUAGUUACCAAUGUCCUAGAGGCCAAGAAUGCCAAGAAAAUUCAUACAUCAAAUGUUUCCAACCACCUUGCAUUGACUGGGGAGAAUGCAGUGAAUCAGAACCUCUACUUGUUAACAUCAAGUGCUUCCCUAAUUCGGGCCACUUGGACAACAGCUGUGCAAGAAUUACUCUGAUUUUUAACAGAGAUAAAGUACCCCAGGGCACUACUGUUGAAAAUGUAUGCUCUGAAAUAAGAUAUUUACCAGCAACUAGAUCUGUUUCUAGUGAAAAAAUAUUGUUAGUGUUGUGUGACCUAUCCUCCAUAGAGAAUGCAGUGGAAGUCGCUGUUUCUUUCAUCUUGCAUCAGGACGAGACGGAUAAUAGUCUCAUACAGAAUGCUGCCAAUACUAUAGUAAAUGCAAUUACAAGACGGCAAAACAGCACAGUUAUGCUUGCAGUAACAGAAGUCAAAAUAGAGACCAUAGUAGUUGGGAAUUCUUCUUCAUCAGAUUAUCUGGUUUCCAAUCCUGUGUGUAGUUUUUAGUAUUGUAUGGAUAACCUGCCAAUAAUAAUUUGUGUGUGGUGGACACGAAAGAGAAGAAAAGAGAGAGAAGAAACCGCCCAUCCAGUGAAGAGGAUACAAAUAAUCAGUGGGCACCUCUAAACCCUAUUGGAAUCCUAUAGAUAGACCUUACAGUUCAUACGGCAUUCAUUAUGAACAGAAAAUUUUAUAUCUCCUCAAAAAGAACUUACGAUGGGGUAGAGGAGUACACAGAGUAUGAGGCAGAGGAGGAAGAGGAGGAGAAG